AUGAAACAGACUACACUGACCUUUCUUACUCCUAUCACCGCCUCACCUGCUUUCCCGAGCUCAACUAUUCCAUUUUCAGAUCGAGCAAAGACUUCACUAGUUAGAACAGCACUGGUUUUUCACAAACGCCGUAGGGCAUCCUCUGUUCGAUCUUGCACAGAACCAUCGAAGUCGAAAACGCAAUAUCUGUCCUCACAAGCUCCCGACCCUGCGCCGCUACGCGAGUCUAAUGCAUCACCGGAGAGCAAUGGCGCUCCACAGCCCUCUGCAUCCCCGUUGCAUUCAAAAGAUGAACAUCCAAACAUAGCGAAGGAGAAAGCUAGCGAGGAGCAAGAACCGAGUCUUCCAUCGAAUCCCAUAGAGCUUUCCAUUGGAAACUUCUCAACCUCAAUACCUUCUCGCUGGCUCCUUUAUUGCGUUCCAUUUCUCUGGGGAUCCUUUGGUCCAGCUGUGCGACUUUUAUUUUCACAAGAGCCGCACCCUGAUCCCUCCGUGUUCAACACGGAGCGCCUGGUUCUAUCCACCCUUGUAUAUGUUCCUGUAUUAGCAGCUGAAUGGGCCGCUUUCCGCAACACUCAGGCAUCCCCACCGACUGCAGAGCCGAAAAAGUCUUUCGCCUUCGUCAAGGCAGGCGCGGAAUUAGGCGUAUACGUUUUUCUGGCAAACGUAGCUCAAGUCAUUGGGCUUCAACAGACCAGCGCGAGCCGGGCUGCCUUUCUUGUACAACUGCAAACAGUUAUUGUACCCGUACUGGCGGGUGUUUUUGGGCUCGACAAGAUCACCCCAAAGACUUGGCUCUCAUCCUUAAUCGCUGUCGGCGGGGUGGCCUUACUCAGUUCCGACAAGGGACAUGGCACGGUCUCGUCUUUCACAGGAGAUGCGCUUGAGGUGCUUUCUGCGUUCUUCUUCUCUACAUAUAUCAUUCGAUUAAGCAAAUAUUGCAAUGAAAUCCCGGCAAACCCGCUCGUUGCAAUGAAAAUCGCUGUUCAGGCAGUCCUAUCCAUAGGAUGGGCUCUGUCUGCCGAAAUCGGUAUCCUCUUUAACCACGGCCCCAACGAUCUGUCUAAAGGAGAUGAAGUUGCGGCUUGGACGCUCGGAGCUGUGUUGGUGAACGCUGGAGUUGUAGUGUGGACGGGGUUGUUCUCGUCGGCUCUAUCAGGAUGGGCUCAAACCAAAGGACAGCAAGGAGUUCCCGCUAGUGAGGCAGUUGUCAUUUUUGCUACGCAGCCACUUUGGGCUAGCGGUGUCGCGGCAAUUAUUUUGGGGGAAAGUUUUGGGGCGAAGGGGUUCGCAGGUGGGGCUCUGAUUGUUGCAGCCACGCUACUUGCUGCUUCAUCCAACUCAAAAGAAGAAGAGAAAAAGGAGGCCUAGUUGGCCUAGUUUGCGUUGGCCUAGUUUGCGAGUUUGCAGUUCGCAAACCCUGAAUGCUUAUUAGCAGGAGCAAAGGUAUCUCUCAUUGAUUUUCCUCACCCUAUGUGUUUUGCCUAUAGCUAGGCGCCAGGCAUCACCGAAUCGUCAAGAGCCGUCCUUUUGGAGCCAUCGAGAUAUUUUUCUGCCACGAGGGCUUCCCCGUACAGUCGCACUUUAACGCAUCAGAUGAAAUCUAGUGAUGGACAGCCACCGGGGAGAAGGUUGUAAUUUUUUCAUUAUCAUCCAUGCAAUAUAAAGUGCUGUUCUCCUCACGGCUCGUAAACCUAACAGCAGUCUGGAGGAGAUUGGCAACGGAUCGAUUUUUGCUCAGUCCAGAGAUGACGGUACCGGCCCGGGCUAUCAUGGUCAGGCUACGGCCCCUAUUCUCGGGGUAUGGGCGUAAGACGCAUGAUGGCUGACCACGAGAACCUACAGGUUCCUUGUGGUUAGCAUCUGCGACGGUGAUUAUUUAUUGGAACGCGACAGAGGAAGUUGAGAAGGAAAGGCAGCGAGGAAGCUCUGUACGACUUUUUAUAUGUAAAUAUAUAUAUACAAUAUCGGUA